AUGGACUGGCUCAAAGCGACUUGGGCCGACUUGCCGUGGUCGUAUACCGGACUCGUGCUACCGCGCUCUCUGAACCCAGCCUAUGUGUUGGUGCCACAUCUACCACGCUUUUUGGAGCUCUUCCCACAGCUCCAAAUGCGUGAGAAUGUUUGGCAGCACUGGUUUGGAUCCCUGGGAUUCCAGGUGCAGGCGUACCCUGUCACGCCCUAUACCCUGGAAGCCUUUUGUGACGAGUUCCUUCGCCUGGUGCUAGACCUGGUACUAUUUCAGAUUUUGUGGAUCCAGCCAAGUCUGAAUGUUUUGAAGCGCGGGGCGUCGCCGGCAACACGCCGCCUUCUGGUGAUCCUACACAUCAUGGUACUCUUGCCCUGGGCCGUGCUUGGCUCCGGUGGCCAAUCGAGGAUGACCAACUAUUUACGCGCUGCUUUGGCUUUUCGCUCCAGCUUGCUUCUCUGGGAUAUCUUCAUGAUCCGCCCCGUUGCCGAAGUUCGGUCAUGGUCCGCGGCGCGCACGUUUGCGCAGGUAUGGCUCUUUCCCGUCGAAGUAGCUGUUCUGGCGAAGCGCCCUGGUCCCCAGCGUCCGCGUCUCCACUGUCUGCGGGAAGUGGGUAAGGGCCUUGUGUCCGUGCUGUUCGUGCAGCUCUGCCUACUUUUCUUCCCGCCUAUUGAAGUGGUGCGCGAGAUGCCCAAGUAUCAAUACAUGUGCUAUGGGCCCUUUAUGGUGGUUGGCCUGUAUGCCAUGCUCUCGUCUACUGGGAUGUUUUUGGUAAACAUGUCUGGGCUGGUGGUUGGCAUCGAGCAGGCGCCUCUCUUCGAGAACCCGUUUUUCACCACAAGCGUGCAGCAGUUCUGGUCGAGAUGGAAUCGCGCCGUCUCUACAGUGUUGCACCGUGUUGUGUUUGGCAGUCUGAGCACAGCCCGCCCCAAAAAGAAGCAGAGCGACUCGUCGCCCAAGCGGCCCCCGUCGCUCGUGCGGUUCGCACAGACAUCGCUUAUGGCGAUGGCCACAUUCCUCGUGUCUGGCCUGUUCCAUGAAUUCCUCCUCUUAUGCUCGACACCCGGUCUCUAUGGCUGGCAGACGCUGUUUUUCCUGCUCAAUGGCCUGUUGGCCGUUUCGGCGACUGCGAUCGCCCGGUAG